UGAUGAACAACGUCGCUUUUCUCAAAUAUAUAACCCUUGGAACUGCAAGAAUUGAAGGUUUAUGCAAUUUGGAACUAGUCAGCACCGUGCAGAAUUAAAAGUACGCAGAAGCAGAAAUUAAAAUGGCUUCCAGAGGAAAAACGGAGACAAGCAAAUUAAAACAGAACUUGGAAGAACAGUUGGAUAGACUAAUGCAGCAAUUACAAGAUCUGGAGGAAUGCAGAGAGGAACUUGAUACAGAGGAAUAUGAAGAAACCAAAAAGGAAACGCUGGAGCAGCUAAGUGAAUUUAAUGAUUCACUGAAGAAAAUUAUGUCUGGAAAUAUGACUUUGGUAGAUGAACUAAGUGGAAUGCAAUUGGCUAUCCAGGCAGCUAUCAGUCAGGCCUUUAAAACUCCAGAGGUCAUCAGGUUGUUUGCAAAGAAACAACCAGGUCAGCUUCGGACAAGGUUAGCAGAGAUGGAUAGAGAUCUGAUGGUAGGAAAGCUGGAAAGAGACCUGUACACUCAACAGAAAGUGGAGAUACUAACAGCUCUCAGGAAACUUGGAGAGAAGCUGACUGCAGAUGAUGAGGCGUUCCUGUCAGCAAAUGCGGGUGCUAUACUCAGCCAGUUUGAGAAAGUCGCCACUGACCUUGGCUCUGGAGACAAAGUCCUUGCUUUGGCAAGUUUUGAGGUUGAAAAAACAAAAAAAUGACAUGGUAUGGAAUCUUGGGACCUUGAUUACAUUCUUGGAAAUGACAUUUUUCGUCUGGGGAUUUUAAGUCAUUGCAAAGAAAUCAAGAGAUUCUCAAACUGCAUUAAUAACUUAAGAAAAGAUGACAUAAAAAUGUAGUGAUGGCUUCUGUUGAUGGCAUUCGUCAUUGUGCUUUGUGUAGGGCUACCUUUGUGAGUGAUCUGGACCGGUUGGGAUGGAAGGACUCACUGGAUCUUACUCAUUAUGAUUUGUCUGUGUAAGAGAGAGAAAAGAUAAUGGAGUUUCUCUGCCUGUUUUUAUUAAGGCUUCUUGUUUGUAAGUGCUGAGAGUGAACGAAAAGAUAUGAACUAAUGGUUCUUUCCUGCUGCCAGCUUUACUCAUUGUAGUGAAUAGUGUAGCAACAUCAGUAGACCUCAUAUGUGUUCACAGAAUUUUAGAGUUCAAAGUGGCCUUAGAAAUCAUUUUCGUUUUACAAACAAGGAAACUGAGGCUCAGAAGAACAAAUGACUAGCUUAAAGUCACAUUAGAGAGAGCUGAGGCUAAGACUCAGUGUCCUGACUCCCCGUUUAGUGUUCAUUGAGUUUUAUUUCUUCAUACAGUUUAAAAAAAAACAAUAACUAACAUGUAUUUGUGCAAGUGUUUAUGAAAAUUUGAUGUCCCAACGAAAAGUUGACACUAUACUAAGGGACCAUUCCCUAGCCUGUAUGCUCUCCCUGUGAAUGGGGCCCAUUGUGUCUCUGAGUUUUGAGCUUGGAACAAUGGGAGCCCUGUUGAGAAUCUCCUGAAGUAACUUAACCUCCUGCAUUGUCUCGCCAGGGAAGCAAUAGGAAAUGGCAGCUAGAGGCCCUCCCUGUGUGUGCCCUCUUGCUGAAACCCAGAGGGAGGUGCCUGUAAGCUACUAUUUACUCUUAAGUUUUUGGAGAAACACAAAACAAGUUGUGAGGAAAAACAAGCUUCUCUCCUGAGUGUUCACGUCUAUCUGCAUACUCAUAUAUAGAUACGUGCAUAUGCAUGUGUGUUAGCCUAUUUCCUAGGCUCUGGCCAUUUUAUAUUCUUCCUCAAUGUUCUUUUUCUUUGCACUUUAUACAAAUUAAAAACCUUUCUACAGCUUCUUGUAUGCUGUAAACUCUACUAGGUGCUCUGCCAACAAAUUAGGAGACCUCAGCUACAUAAAUGCCUUAUUUGAACUUUUAAUGGGUGAUUUUUUUUAAUAUUGGUUUAAAUGGUCAAAAACUUGUGUGUUGAAAUUGUGAUAAAUCAAGAAAAAGAAAAUUUCCUGCUGUUCAUCUAGGGCUUUAUGGUCAAUCAUCAUUUCAUUUUUCUAUGUGUGGUUUUUAAUUUAGGUGAAAUUCAAAACCCAAAAAAAACACUGCCGUUGAGUCUGCUCCGACUCAUAGCAAUCCUAUAGAACAGAGUAGAACUGCCCCAUAGAGUUUCCAAGGAGCGCCUGGUGGAUUCGAACUGCUGACCUCUUGGUUAGCAGCCGUAGCACUUAACCGCUACGCCACCAGGGUUUCCAGGUGAAGUUCACAUAGCGUGAAAUUGACCAUCUUAAAGUUGAGUGGCGUUUAGUACAUUUCACAAUAUUGUGCAACCACACCACUUCUAUCUAGUUACAAAGCAUUUUCAUCACCUCAAAAAGAAACCCCAUACCCAUGAAGCAGUCACUUCCCGUUUCUCCCCUCCUCUAGCCCCUGGUAACCACUCAUCCCAUUUCUCCCACCCCCUCCAGCCCCUGGUAACCACUAAUCAAGUUUAUCUAUUCUGGAUAUUUCAUACAAGUGGAAUCAUAAACUAUUUGUCCCUUUGUGCCCAGCUUCUUUCACUUAGCAUAAUGUUUUUGAGGUUCAUCCAUGUAUCAGGACUUCAUUUCUUUUUAUGACUGUAUAAUACUCUAUUCUAUGUGUAUACCACAUUUUUUUAUCCACUGUUCAAUUGAUGAACGCUUGGGUGGUUUCCACCUUCUGGCCAUUGUGAAUAGUGCUGCUGUGAACACUCAUGUACAAGAAUUUGCUUGAGUUCAAUUGUUUUGGGUACCUGAAGACUUAGGGGAAACCCUCAUGGUGUAGUGGUUAAGAGCUAUGGCUGCAAACCAAAAGGUUGACAGUUUGAAUCCACUAGGUGCUCCUUGGAAACUAUGGGACAGUUCUAGUCUGUUCUAUAGGGUCACUGAGUCGGAAUUGACUUGAUGGCAGUGGGUUUUUGUUUUGUUUUUCAGCUAGACAUGGCAAAGUGAUUAAGAGGUCAAGCUGCUAACCAAAAGGUCGGCAGUUCAAAUCCACCAGGUGCUGCUUGGAAACCCUGUGGGGCAGCUCUACUCUGUCCUGUAGGGUCGCUAUGAGUCGGAAUUGACUCAACGGCACACAACACCAACAACAGCAGCAAGAUACUAUCAGUUAUGGCUGUGGGAUCUUUGGUAGGUUACUUGAUCUUUUUGAGCCUCAAUUACCUCAUCUGUUCAAUGGGGAUAAUAGGCCUACCUCAUAGUAUUGUUGUGCAUUCUCUUCCUUACUGCAUUGGCGCUAAUCUACCAUUUAAGUUCUAUUUCAAGCACCAUCUGACAUAUUUUGCUUCACGGAUUUGGCAUUUCAUUGAGAAAAAUAGUUUGAUAAGUGAGUAAAUUCUAUGCAACUAUAGUUAUUAAAUGACUUCCAUACUGUGUCUCCUGUUCAUAUUUUGCUACAUUUAAUCAUCUAGUUUUUUAGAUCUCUUGGGAGGUCUCAGAUUGCAGUAACCCUGAGGCAAUGAACUUCUCAACAUUCUUGGGUCAGACUAAUGUUUUAAUGAACAGAAUUCCUGCAUAUUUCAAAGCACUGGGGCUGAGACAGAAAUAAAUUCCAAUGAACAAGGGUCCAAAUGGGCUGUUUUAUCUAACCUAAUAAUUUAAAACAAUUCCUGUAUUUCGGUGUUGGUUUUUUUGUUUGAUUUUUUUUUUAAUCCUGUGACUAGAUAAGGUAGGUAUUCUAGGUUGGGGGUGGAGGAAGAAACUGAGCAAAAGAAUGAGGAGUUGUUCCCAAGGUAGACUUGGAAUUGGGACAGAUGGAUCGUUAACUUUGAUUGUUAGCCUUUUAUUGAAGACACUCAGACAAGGAAUGGUCAUCUUUAGCAAUAAAAAAAAGACUGUGCAACUCCAUCAUCUUAUUACAGUAAAUGACGGACAGUUUGAAAUUAUUGCAGAAAAAACAGACCCAAACCAUUUUGCCUAGAGCCUUUCAACCGCUUUCAUCUGUUUUGUUUUGUUUCUUAUUCUAUUCAUUACUAAGACCAAAGACUGCUCUUCUUUGCCCCUCAAAAUGUUUUCAAGCAUUAAUAUGUAAAUUAAAACUGUCAGCAUUCCCCCAGACCCCCGUGAACAAGCUGCAAGACUUAAUUGCUUCCAGUCUGUCUGGCCAGGAAAUUAAGAUUUUAGAAACUGGGGAAACUACUAUUUAAUAUUUUCAUCAAGUUGCAAAAAGCAGGUUAAAAAAUAUGGCUUUCCUAGAUAUCACCCUAAAAUAUGGCCUCUUGACACCCUAACUCACUUUCUUUUUGAAAUCCCCCUCUCUGCUCACACUAAUAGCAAAGCAGAGAAAUUAUAAUGCUGAAAGGACCUCAGACACCAGGGGUCAGUGAUGUUCUCAAGAGCUCACAACAGAGAAUCCUGAACUGCUGUUCCAAGCAGAGGGCCAGGAAAGUGGAGACGUUUGAGGCUGUCAGCUGGAAGCUUCCUGAUGCCUGGUUGUUUUCCUUUGAGAAGACCACAUUCCUCACAGCCUCAGACAAUUGACUAUAAUUGAAAAUAACAAAUUAUUUUUUUCUUUUGAGUUAAGGUAAUGCUGGCAAAAGUUCUUUCUAAGAUUACCCAUCAGCCAUGGAUCCUCUGCUCCAACUUUUGGUAACCGUGACUGUGAACUUUGAAGCCUUCCCACGAAAAACUAAUGAAGUCGUAAUUUCAUUACAUGGUUUAAAAGCUUACGCCAAUUUUGUCUAUUCUAAAAUGCCUUAGCGGGUCAGAUACUGUUUUUUGCUACUGCUAAAUUGUCAUAUUACAUGGGGGUAUUCACUCCCUGGAGAAGGACAUCAGGCUUGGUAAAGUAGAGGGUCAGGGAAAAAGAGGAAGACCUUCAACAAGAUGGAUUGACACAGUGGCUGCAACAGUGGGCUCAAACACAGCAAUGAUUGUGAGGAUGGUGCAGGACCAGGCAGUGUUUCAUUCCGUUAUACAUAGGAUUGCUAUGAGUCGGAUCCGACUUGAUGGCACCUAACAACAUUCUUUCCUAUAAGUGGAGUUUGGUUUAAUGAUUUUUUUUUUUACCUCAUGAAAAAAACUAAAAUAUCCUCCUUUAGUCCUGGCAUUGUUUCCUAUAAGUGGAGUUUGGUUUAAUGAUUUUUUUUUACCUCAUGAAAAAAACUAAAAUAUCCUCCUUUAGGCCUGGCAUUAGGCCUCCAAUACUCAUAAACUAUGCUAAGAAGAAAACUGAGGCAAUUACCUUCAAUGGUAAUAAAAGAGACAGGUAAUUUAGGUAAAAGCAAAUAUUUGGUUUGAAUUAGAUUCUGAUUGCCUUAACCUUGUGAUUUGGCUGUGAUCUUAGAAAAUGUGGUGCUUUUAUUAUUUCAUGUUAAAAAAAACUUUGUUAGCAUCUCAAAUUUUAUAGCAAGUGUCUUGUAGGUGUUGGCAAAUUAUACCUUACAAUUGGUUUACAAAGAUCUGCGCUUAUUCUCGUUUAUUUAAAUAUUUUGUUUCAUAUUUACUUAGGAAAGAAGCAUUUGUACUUUUGGAGCAAUCAUGGCAAAAUGUCAGUCCCUUAGCCUCAGCUUUGCAGCAUUUCUUUUUAUACUAUCUUCUAGAAGUUUCAGUGGUUUAUUCCUCUGCAAGGAAAUGCUUUGACCAUGACUUUAUAAGAUUGCAUAUAAAGGAAUAUGUAUAGGCAUACCUAGGUCCACUUUCCAUUCUCAGAAAGAAAAUUGCAGACUCUGCCCUUACUUUAUGAGAGUGGAGGAAAAAUAAGGAAUGUAAGCAUAUGCUCAAUCCUGUGUGGGGCCUCUCCUGAGAGUCAGCUUGGACCUAUGACAUGUCUGUAUCCCACGCGGUACUUCUGACCUAUAGUGCUACUUUUUUUUUUAAUUAAUUUUUAUUAAGCUUACCAUUCCAAUCAGUCUGUCACAUGUAGGUUUACAUACAUCAUACUCCCUUCUCCCACUUGCUCUCCCCCUAUUGAGUCAGCCCUUUCAGUCUCUCGUUUCGUGCCAAUUUUGCCAUCUUCCCUCUCUCUCUUUCUUCCCAUCC